GCGCCCGCCGCCCUGGCUGAGAACCCGCAAGCAGGACUAAGCUCGGCCGGCCCCAGGAUGUAGGCGAUCGCUGGAGCAUCUGCUGCGGGCGGAAGGCUCACCAUGAAGAAGCACUCGGCCAGGGUAGCCCCGCUCAGCGCUUGCAAUAGUCCGGUCCUUACCCUGACCAAAGUGGAAGGGGAGGAGCGGCCCCGGGACUCCCCGGCCCCAGCGGCGGCAUCGGCGGAGGCCCAGGCAGCGGCCGGGGCAGAGGCCGGAGGGAGGACAGGCCGCUUCUGCUGGCGAUGCUCCCGCGCGCAGCUCAAGAAGGUCUUCUGGGGCGUGGCGGUGGUGCUGUGUGUGUGCGCCUCCUGGGCCGGCUCCACGCAGCUCGCCAAGCUCACCUUCAAGACGUUCGACGCGCCCUUCACCCUAACAUGGUUUGCCACCAACUGGAACUUUCUAUUCUUCCCGCUGUACUACGUGGGACAUGUCUGCAAGUCAGCAGAGAAGCAGUCUUUGAAGCAGAGAUACAGGGAAUGCUGUCGGUUUUUUGGAGACAAUGGCUUGACUUUGAAGGUGUUUUUUACCAAGGCAGCACCCUUUGGUGUUCUUUGGACACUCACAAACUACCUGUACUUACAUGCAAUAAAGAAAAUAAACACUACGGAUGUCUCGGUGUUGUUCUGCUGCAACAAAGCUUUUGUGUUCUUGCUCUCAUGGAUCGUGCUCAGGGACAGGUUCAUGGGAGUGAGGAUUGUGGCGGCCAUCCUCGCUAUUGCAGGAAUUGUGAUGAUGACCUACGCAGACGGGUUCCACAGCCACUCUGUGAUUGGCAUAGCACUGGUGGUGGGGUCAGCAUCCAUGUCUGCCCUCUAUAAGGUCUUGUUCAAGCUUCUCCUUGGCAGUGCUAAGUUUGGAGAAGCGGCCUUAUUUUUGUCCAUUUUGGGUGUGUUUAACAUCCUCUUCAUCACCUGUAUUCCUGUCAUCCUCUACUUCACCAAAGUGGAAUACUGGAGCUCUUUCACUGACAUUCCAUGGGGAAACCUUUGUGGAUUUUCAGUUCUCUUAUUGACAUUCAAUAUUGUAUUAAACUUUGGAAUUGCUGUUACCUACCCUACUCUGAUGUCUCUUGGAAUUGUCCUCAGUGUACCUGUGAAUGCAGUGGUUGAUCACUACACAAGUACGAUAGUCUUCAACGGGGUACGAGUCAUCGCCAUCAUCAUCAUCGGCCUGGGCUUCCUCCUCCUGCUGCUGCCGGAGGAGUGGGAUGUCUGGUUGAUUAAACUGCUCACCCGCCUCAAAAUGAGGAAGAAGGAGGAGGCGGCUGAGGGCAGCACAGACCUGGGCUCAGGACUCCAGAGCAAAAACCGAAGAGCUCGCCCGUCCUUUGCCCGCUAACGUCUUCCCUCAGAACUCUGUGGGGAUUCCCUCAUGUUAAUGAUUUGGAAGCCUUUCCUGACAGGAGCGUGAGUGUGGUGAGGUGUACAUACCUGUACAGUUUUGGUAACCUGCGAUAAGUUAUGUGGUAUUUAUUGGCAUGUCCAAUUUGCUUGUACUUUUUCCACAUCAGACCUUUCACUUAAGGGUACCACUUCAGUAUGAAAGAGAAAACAAAGAACCUCUCAGCUCUUUGCAAAUGAAUGUCAAGCACGUUAAAAUGAUUCUUGCAUAGAUUGUUUUGGAUGACAGACAUUCCUGACAUGCCAGGGCAAAUGUUUUGAAUCUUAGCAACCGCGAAUUACAUUACACACUGUGAUUAUUUUUCAGCUAUGGUAGGUCAUAUUUUGUUUUAUACCAGAGCUGUACUCUUAAUUUUAAGGAAUUUCAAUGAACCAAAAGACAACUAACUGUAAGCUAAUCUGGACAGAUGGAUGGGAUGUGAAGAGGUGAGGCAGAAAAGGAUCACGGACAUCAAAACCAUUCAAAAUGACUCAUGUGGGGAUAGCAAUUGGAGGAAAACAGGCCUUUCAGCAGGAACUAGGAAGAGAAAGAUCAGCCCAGCCCCAGCUGGCUUGCGCCCACAUGUUUGUGUAAGAUCACGCAAGAGAAAUUACAGUGCCUUCUACAGAAUUUUUGUCUUUACCUAUGUGAAGCGAGGUGACAUUGUAAGUCACUGGCGCUGUCUUAUACUUUAGAUGUAGAAAUCUUUAGAAACAAAUAAAAAUAUAUAUAUAUGUGUGGACAAAAAGACAAAGCUGAUGGCCCGUUUAUAUGGAACACGGUUCGUGGUGUACAAUACGCAUUAUAAGGUAGACUAAGCAGGGGGUGAAUUGCUGGCUGCUUUUACUUCAUGAACAAGAUCAGAAGAUUAUUUCCUGAAUCUGUAAACCUUUUUAUGAAACUUUUAAGCACCAGGCUGUUUACCUACACAAUUUAGGUCUGCCAGAAAAUUCUAUCUGUGAUAGAUCUGUAAAGAGGGACAAGGGGGUUAGAGUUUACUAUUUUUGAAGUUUACAUUGUUACAUACGAAAUGGAAAAAUUAUUUUGAAAUGUUGUCAUAACCCAAUGGUGCAUUCUGUAACCAUGGAGUCUUUUGUCUCAUGGGGGAAGGGGCACUCAUGACCUGAACUUUUUAGCAAAUUAUUAUUCUCAGAUUCCAUUAUCUGUUUGGCCAAACAGAUAAAUAAAAUCUUUAAAAAGAAAAAGGUAGUGCCGUCUCCGUAGCCUUUGUUACUUUGCCUCUAUACUGGUUUUGUUGUUCUGGUUCCGAGACAGGCCUCAU